GGGUGGAGAAAAAUAUCCGUAGGCAAUUUCCCGGCAAUCGUGUUUAUUUACAAAAAAAGUGUCAGGAUCCAGGACAUGUUUGAGGGAAACUAAAGGCUGGCAGCUCGGGGAGGAGGGAGGGUUCAGCCUAAACACUGUUUGCCUGUAAAACUAAAACUUCCCGUUCAGCUUGCAGGCAAAGUACUGAGCCGGUGUAACUGCUAAGAGAGUCCGCUGGGGGCGCUGUGCUGACACGUCAGAUCACCCACUCGCACUACUUGUAAACACAGCGCUCUGUGUGCGGCCACAAUCCAGGAAACAGAACACUUCAAACUUCACAAAGUGCCAGACUGUCGCAUAGUCCCGGGGUCCUGCUGUCGAAAAGAAAGAACUGGAAAAGGAAGAAAGUGAGAGGAGAAGGAGGAGUACUGGCACCACUUUUAAUUGAGGUUUAGUGAUGGAAUCAGGCCUGGACUGGGAGUCAAAAUAGGCCCUGCCAUUCCAAGUACACAGAGGCCCAAAUAGCCCCUACCAGCCCACUAUAUGGUAUCUUUCUAUUGAACUAUACAGCAGCCCCUCUGGCAUUUGCCAGAACCCACAGAUUGCCAGUCCGGGCCUGGAUGGAAUAUUGCUUCUGUAAAACAAUACUGGACGUUAACAAAGGCAGAUAGAGUUGUCUGUUUACUGGAUUUUCCCGUGUCCCCUGAAACCAUCUAUAGUUGCAACCCAAUGGAACCGAAGUCAAACUGCCCCAGUGUAAAAAUCCCAAGCUAUAAUGAGCAACGCCAAAAUAGGAAAAGAUUUACAGUUUACAAAGUUUUAGUGUCUAUGGGGCGAAAUGAGUGGUUUGUCUUCCGACGUUAUGCUGAGUUUGAUAAACUAUACAACACACUUAGAAAACAGCAUCCACAUAUGAACUUGAAGAUUCCUGCGAAGAGGAUUUUCGGUGAUAAUUUUGAUCCAGACUUUAUCCAGCAACGAAGAGCAGGACUAAAUGAAUUCAUUCAGAAUUUACUUCGUCAUUCAGAAUUAUGCAGCCACCCUGAUGUCCAGGCCUUCCUUCAGUUGGACUCUCCCAAACAUCAGUCCGAUCCGUCAGAGGAUGAAGAUGAAAGAUCUGAUCAAAAGAAUGGUUCUGCCUCGCAGAAUGUCAACCUGGGACCCUCUGGAAAUCCUCAUGCUAAGCCUUCAGACUUUGAAUACCUCAAACUGAUUGGAAAAGGGAGCUUUGGAAAGGUUGUGCUUACUAGAGGGAAGCGUGAUGGACGUUAUUAUGCAGUCAAAGUAUUAACGAAGAAUGUUAUCCUCCAUAAGAAAGAGCAAAGGCACAUCAUGGCUGAACGGAACGUGCUGCUGAAAAACGUGAAACAUCCAUUUUUAGUGACGCUACACUAUUCUUUUCAAACAUCCGACAAGCUGUUUUUUGUCCUGGAUUUUAUAAAUGGGGGAGAGCUUUUUUUCCACUUACAAAGAGAGCGAUAUUUUGCAGAGCCCAGAGCUCUCUUCUAUGCUGCAGAAAUCGGCAGUGCAUUGGGCUACUUGCAUUCCAUCGAUACCAUAUACAGGGACUUAAAACCUGAAAAUAUCCUUUUGGAUUCCCAGGGUCAUGUUGUAUUAACAGAUUUCGGUCUAUGCAAGGAAGGGAUUUCAAAUUCGGACACCACACUCACCUUUUGCGGGACACCAGAGUAUCUUGCACCUGAAGUUAUAUUGAAACAACCAUAUGACAACACAGUGGAUUGGUGGUGUCUUGGCUCUGUCCUGUAUGAAAUGCUUCAUGGACUGCCCCCUUUCUAUAAUCGUGACACAGCUACAAUGUAUGAGAAUAUUCUUCACAAGCCUCUGACUACAAGGCCUGAUAUAAGUUUGCCUGCUAUCUCCAUAUUGGAAGAACUUCUUGAGAAGAACCCAAAGCUGAGGCUCGGCGUUGAUAAUGAUUUUCAAGACAUUAAGAAUCAUACAUUUUUUGCCUCUAUAAACUGGGCUGAUCUAGUCGAAAAGAAGAUUACUCCGCCUUAUGAUCCCCAUGUGAAUGGCCCUGACGAUAUAUCAAAUUUUGAUAAAGAAUUUACGGAAGAAAUGGUGCCGUAUUCCGUCUGCGUGUCUUCUGACUACUCCUUCGUGAAUGCCAGCGUGGAAGAAGCAGAUGAUGCAUUUGUGGGAUUUUCUUAUGCACCUCCCUCUGAUGACUUUUCCUAUUAGAGACUACUACACACACAUAUAUAUAUAUAUAUUUUCAAGGGGCCAACUGGAUUUUGAUUUUUGACCAAACCACAACUGAAGUGCCUGAAAUCUGAGCUGUAGGAUCCUGGCUAUUAAACAAUGGAACCAGCCAAUGCUUAUUGCAUUUCUUACUAAACUUAUUCAUUAACAUGAUGAAUCCUUUUGUCAUUUUGGAACAAUACAAUGCAGCCAUCUCUUUUUUUUCUUUCCUAUGAACUAAUAGCACUGGUAGAGACCAAUGUAGGGGCUGCUCAGCUGUUGUACUUUCUCAGUCCCCCAUGAAAAAUGGGUUGUGUUGCUAAAGAAAUGAUUAAAACCAAAUACAAAAAGUGA